AUGCCGCCCAGAUGGAACAUAAACACAAACCCGUUACCAAGAACUGAAGCAGAACUUAACGAGCACAUCUCUCUGGCAAUAGCGCAGCACGAAGCCCUCCGCUCUGAACAAAGCGGUGGCACUUCAGGAAACAAUCCUCCAACUGGCUGCACAUACAAACAGUUCCUAGACUGUAAGCUCUUGAACUUUGAUGGCGCAGGAGGUGCCGUUGCAUUCGUGCGAUGGGUCAAGAAGACCGAUUCAGUUCUGAGGAUGAGUAAAUGCCUGCCUGAGCAGAGAGUUACUUACAUUUCGAGAUUGUCCUUGGAUGGUGCACUCUCUUGGUGGAACCUUCAGGUUCAAACCAAGGGUGAAGCUGCUGCAUACGCAAUGAGCUGGGACGAGCUUAAAGAGUUGAUGAGAAAGAAAUACUGCACAUGGGCCGAAAUUCAGAAGCUUGAGACGGAAUUUUGGAACUUAAAGAUGGACGGACCAAAAAUUGCUGAAUACAUUCAACGCUUCCACGAUUUGUCCAGGGUUGUCCCCUACUUGGUGGAGCCUGAAUUUAAGAGAAUUGAGAGAUUCAUCUGGGGUCUUGCUCCAGAAAUCCUGAGCAUGGCCACUGCUUCGAAGCCUCCUACCAUCAUUGAGGCAAUUGAUUUGAGUGUCGCACUCACUGAAGAAGCACCCCGUUUGGGAAAAUUCUCAAAAUCUGGACCAGUAAGUAUGAAAAUUGUGGUAGGACUGGGCAUGCCAAAGAUACGUGUUGGUUUGGUGCGGGACGCGGUAAUAAGAAUUAAGGAGGAAAUGGUAACCAAGGUGGUAACGGUAAUCAAAAUGGUAAUAGGAACUAAGGUGGGAAUGGUAAUUAGGGAGGAAAAUGGGAACAUAGGCGAAAAUGGUAAUCAAGCUGGCAAUGGGAAUCAUGGAGGAAACAAUAAUAAUAAUAAUCAAGCCGGAAUGGUAAUGGUAGAGGCCAAGGCUGUUAUGGCUGCGGAGACAUGGGGCAUUUUAAGAGAGAUUGCCCUAAAGAUAAUCAAGCCCGUGGAAGAUUUCGUAUCUAUAGAAUUUAAGAAUACACUUGACCUAGUUACAAGUAAGCUAGACGUCCCAUAUUCUAUAGAACUGGCAAAUGGAAAAUUAGUUGAAGCAAGUGAGGUGAUUAAGGGCUGUACACUUGAACUUGGAGAGCGAGAAUUUUCUAUUGAUCUUUUACCUGUUGAUUUGGGAAGUUUCGACGUUGUUGUUGGGAUGGAUUGGUUGUCCGACAACCGUGCGGAGGUGGUUUGUCACAAGAAAACCAUCCGCAUCCCACUGUUGAAUGGAGAAACGCUUGUGAUUCAUGGGGAGAAGCGUGAAACGCCUCUACGAAUUAUCAAUUGCAUGAAGGCGCAGAAGUGCCUCCGAAUUUAA